ACAGAUUUUGAUGAUGAGGAGGAAUACAUAGAAUUAGAACCCCGUGAUGCAAAAAGUCCGAAAUCUUUCUCAGCGGAAAAAUGUUCUGUAAAAUUUGAGGACCAAUAUGAAGAAAAAGAAAAAGAAGAGAACGUGAAUUGUGAAGGUAAGAAGCUGGAGUUUGCUUGGGAACAUGAGGAUAUAAUAGAACAGCUCAAAUGGGAACUGAGGAAUGCUAGAACUGGAGGACUGCCCACCAUUUUCGAAGAGGAAUCGGAUUUGGAAUCGCCGAAGAAAGAAGAUGAUCAUCGUGUGAAUUUGAAGCCCAUGAAGAUUGAGUUGAAGUUUGGUUACAAAGAUCGGAUUGAAGAGAUCCAGAAAGUGUACAGAAUGUAUGCAGAAAAGAUGAGGAAACUUGACAUCUUGAAUAACCAGACCAUGCAUGCAAUUGGUUUUCUGCAGCUGAAAGACCAAUUCAAAUCAAUACCAAAUCAAAAACCUACUGUUCCAAUUAUUAAGAGCUUACUACCACGCAAACUACGAAAAGAAGGUGACUCAAUUCUUAAAUACACUGGAAAGUUGCAAGACGACUUUGAAUUGGUGUAUGUAGGACAAGUUUGCCUGUCUUGGGAAAUCCUUCAUUGGCAGCACAGGAAAAUCCAAGACUUAUUCCAAAACGACGACGCUCGAGGCUCUCAUCAGUACAACAUAGUCGCCUCCGACUUUCAGCUUUUUCAAGUGCUACUUCAGCGAUUCGUAGAGGAUGAAUCA